AUGCUUCCUGUUGAGUCAUAUGCUUCAAGUGAUCUGAGUAUGAAGUGGCCAGGCAGUAGCAUGGAGCACAAAUCAGCUGUAAUUUGUGCACAGACCUCAGAUACGUUCAUGCUGGCCUUCCUGUUUCAUCAAUUGAAACAAGAAGCCCAGCUAAUCAGCUUGAAGAUACAGAAUGGGAGCAAGGUGAUAUCACCUUACAAGUUUGCCAGUCAAUAUCAAGUAGAUGAUCCAUCAGAAGCAUGUCAUCCUUUGAAUGUAACAAAGUUGGAAGAAACUAAUGUUGAUUAUGUGUCUGAUUGCUCUUGUAUGCUGAAUAAAGUGGCACCUCUCUGUAAAUUGCCAAAGAGAAAUUACAUUACGGAAUGUCAACGUGAUUUGUACAAGUGCACCGCCAAAGGUGAUACACAGUGCAGCUGUCAGACUUUGUCUGAAUAUUCCCGACAAUGUUCAAGGUUGUUGGAACCAGUCACUAACUGGAGAAAUAUCUCUUUCUGCCCACCUAUACCGUGUCCGGGAAAUCAGGUAUACCAGGAAUGUGGUUCUCCAUGCUUAUCUACUUGUUCAAAUCCACAGACCACCUGUGAUAGCUACGGCACAUAUGGUUGUUUCUGUCCAGAAGGAACUGUUCUUGAUGACAUUGCUACUAAGGACACAUGCAUUCCUUUGAGUCACUGUCCUUGUGUUCUAAAUGGUCAAGUCUAUGCUCCUGGCGGUUCAGUGAAUUCACCUUGCAAAUCCUGCAAAUGCUUUAUGGGCAAAUGGAACUGCACAAAUCUGCCAUGUCCAGGCCGAUGUUCUAUUGAAGGGGGCUCAUUUAUCACCACGUUUGAUUCAAGACGUUAUAGAUUCCAUGGAGUCUGCACGUACCUACUUAUCAAAAGUGUUAAGAUGCUAGAUUCAGGUACCAUCGAAGCAGUGUUUGAUAAAUCUGGUGUUAGAUAUUCAGAAACACAGCUAACAAGCAUCAUCUAUGCUACCAAUCAGGAUAUUCUAAUUAAGCUGACUAAUGGACACUAUCAAAUAACACCUCCAAAUGCAGCAAGAGGACUCAAAGUGAUUAAUAAUCCACUGUAUCUAAAAUUUGAUUUAAAAAUCAGUUCAAAACUUGAACUAACUAUUAUAUGGAACAAGAACAUGAAUGCUUACAUCUCAAUUACUAGACUGUCAGAGUUCGCAGUGUGUGGACUAUGUGGUAAUUACAAUGGUAAUGCAGACGAUGAAUAUGUAACGCAGAAUAAAUACUUAGUUUCCAAUGUACUGACCUUCGCGAAUUCUUGGAAGGAAGAUCCUACAUGCAGAGAUGUGACUGAAGUUGUAUUUCCAUGUCACAAAAAUCCAUAUCGUUUGGCCAGAGCUGAAAAAAUGUGUGCUAUAAUUAACAGUAAGGUGUUUGAGCCAUGUCACAAGCUGGUCUACAGAAUGCCUUAUUAUGAUAACUGUGUCCGAGAUACAUGUGGUUGUGAACUAGCUGGAGAUUGUGAGUGCCUCUGUGAUGCUGUUGCAGUCUAUGCUAAAGCAUGUAUAGAUGCUGGAGUCUGUAUUGACUGGAGAACGCCUGACUUUUGCCCUGUAUACUGUGACUAUUUCAACUAUCACAAAGAGUAUUCUGUUGUGGGUGAAUCUUCUUGGAAUUCCACAAAUAGGUGGCAUUAUCAGCCAUGUUUGUGCCCUGCCAACAUACAUAUGUUUGGCAAGUUCAAUAUGGAAGAAAAGCCGAUCAACUACUAUCUGCCAGGGAAACCUAGUGACUACUAUGCACCAGAAAAGCCUACUGACUACUACCCUCCAGAGAAACCUAUCAUCCACAAUCCACAAGAAAGGCCUAUAAUCUACUAUCCACCAGGUAAAGUGCACAUGCUCAGUGACUAUCGUGGAUCUUCUAAGGAUUUGACUGAUGCACAUGGUUGCAAUAUUUCCAAAAAGCUUUGUUUUCUCUACAGUUCCACAAGCAAGAUCAGUGUUGUUUUCUUCUUGGAUUCCAAUCGGUUAAGACUCCAUAUCUACACAAAUGGGAAGCUUGUUUGUGUCGAGAUGAAGAAUGGUGACAAUGAAGAUGGAGAAAAGGAUGGGAGCGAUGACACAUCCCUGCUGGCCCCUGUCCUGACCUCAAAGGAUUCUGUCAUUUUACCAUUGGUGCGGACCAUCUUGCCAUGGAAGAGACAGAGGAUGCUGAUGAAUUUCACUGGAUAA